AUGCCAACUUUUCUACGCCCAGCCGAAUACGGUUUUAUUUUCGGACAUUGGCCUCAACCCGGAAAAAAUAGUUUGAGUUAUGGAACAAAAGAACGAAGACUGAGAAACCGACGGAACACAUUUUUUAGCCAAAGUCAAGAAAAAAAUAAAAAAAUUGCUCGUUAUCACCAAUACGAAUGUGCAAAAGAAACUUUAAGAGUUAUUGAAAAAUCUUCUCUAAAAGGAGGAGUAAAUAAUCACACUACCGGUAGCGGAAAAUCUGAUACUAUGGCCUUUUUAGCCAAACAAUUACGCCGUGAACAUCCCCAAUGUUCCAUUAUUAUAAUUACUGACCGCAAUGAACUUGACCGACAAAUUUAUGAACGUUUUCGUGAAUAUGAAGGUUCCUUUUUCACACUUGGUGAUUUGGUUAUUAUUAACGACAUUAGCAAAUUAAAAAAUCAAUUAGCAAAACCUAAUCGGGGGAAAAUAAUUUUUGCCCUCAUUCAAAAAUUCCAAGAUUUAGCAGAAUUGACUGAAUUUCAUAAUUCUGAAGGUGUUUUUGUUUUCAUUGAUGAGGCUCAUCGCUCGCAAAAUCUCGCGGCUGACAUAGAAAAUAAAAAAAGAAAAACAGAUAAAGAAAUUGGUCCGAUUAUUCAUACUUAUUCAGUAAAUCAAGCCCUAGAAAAUGAAAUAGUGGUGCCUAUAACUUAUGAAAAGGCCUACGAGUAUUUGCCAAAGGAAUUACAAAAAGACCCUAAUUACCAAAAUAAAUCCUGUCUAGUUGUCAGUAAACAAAGUCAUCAUCAUUCAUCCGAAUUAAUUAGUGAUGUCGGUAAUGAAAAAGAAAAUAUUAAAAAAUUUAAAAACCCUCAAUCAAAUAUAAAUAUUGUCAUAGUCGUUGACAAGUUAACUACUGGUUUCAACAUGGAAAAUUUAGAAAGGAUUUAUUUAGACCAGCAAAUUGAUGCUUCACACA